AUGGCAAUGAAAGGAAAUAUUUCUGAUUUGGUUGAAUGUAAUUUUUGCCACAAGAGGGGACAUAGGGAGUAUAAAUGCUACAUAAAGAAAGGGAGUGGGAGUCAACAGCCGGGUGGGCAGCACCAGCAGCAGAAUUUUAAUAACUCCGAAAGGCAAGUCAACCUGCAGUACGAAAAUGGUAAUCAUGGAAACACUGCUCAGAGGUUUCAGCGACCUAUUAGUAGGGGACAAGCCCGGGUGGAUGGAAACCGAAUCGAAGGGUCAGGUAUGCAACGUGGGGGUAAUCAAGUGGAAGUAAUAAAUGCACAGCCGUUUGGUGGACGGGUAACUGCGGUCAGUGCAAGGGAAGCUGACCAAGCAACGGAUGUAGUUACAAGUACGUUCACCAUUCAUUCUGUAGUUGUUAAUGUACUUUUUGACUCGGGUGCAACAUGUUCAUUUCUUGCAAAGAGUAAAGUAGAGGAGUUGAAUUUAGGAACAUCUGAAAAAGUUUCUUAUAUAGUGGCUGUUCCAUCGGGAAGAUUGUACAAUUGUGAUAGAUUGUAUAAGGAAGUGCCCUUAAGAAUAAGGAAGGUCAUUUUUCCUAGUGACUUGGAGCAGAGAGUGACGCUAGAAGGACCAAGAGGGGAAAAGGUUAGAUAUCGGAAAUUUCAAAAAGGACCCCGAACGAAUUUGGUAUCGACUUUAGAAUUGCAAAGACUCAUGAAGCAGGGACACCCUUUGUACUUACGUCAUAUCAGCCAAGGGGGAAAGAAGGAGGAGGACCCCAAGGAUAUUGCUGCCCCUUAUCGUAUGGCUCCGAAAGAGAUGGAGGAAUUAAAGUCUCAGCUUGAAGAAUUGUUGGAAAAGGGUUAUAAAGAUGGUAGUUUGAGAUUAUGCAUCGACUACAGAGAGUUAAACAAGGUAACCGUUAAGAAUAAAUACCCGUUACCCCGGAUAGAUGACUUAUUUGAUCAAUUGAGAGGAGCCGAGAUCUUUUCUAAAAUUGACUCAAGAUCGGGUUAUCAUCAGCUAAGAAUAGCUGAAGGGGAUAUACAUAAAACCGCUUUCAGAACACGUGAUGGACAUUAUGAGUUCACCGUGAUGCCGUUUGGGUUGACAAAUGCUCCAGCUGCAUUCAUGUGCUUAAUUAACCAAGUGUUUAGUGCGUACCUGGAUAAAUUCGUCGUUAUCUUUAUUGAUGACAUAUUGGUCUAUUCGAAGGACCGAGAUGAACAUCAGAAACAUCUACGAUUUGUCCUGCAAACCCUGCGAGAAAACAAGUUGUACGCAAAAUUGUCAAAGUGUGAAUUCUGGUAUUUCGGUGGAUCCGGUGACGGUGGAGGCAGUUCGAAGUUGUUCGUCACCCAAGAACGUCACCGAGGUGCGAAGUUUCUUAGGCUUGGCCGGAGUCUGAAGUAUCUCUACAUUCAGUUCGAUUUAAACAUUCGACAACGUCGGUGGCUAGAGUUGAUGACAGAUUAUGAUUUGGAGUUCAUAUAUCAUGAGGGACGAGCAAAUUUAGUAGCCGAUGCGUUGAGUAGGAAGUCCAAUCACUCGAUGUCCGCCUUGGACGAAGUUGAAGAGUUGCAUCGGGAUUUUGCGAGGUUGAACAUGGAAGUGGUGUGUAAGGGUGAAUUACAGGGAUGUCUGAAUGCUUUGUCUAUUCGACUUUCCUUCUUUGAAGAAAUUUUGAAUUCCCAAGAUAAAGACCCGAAACUAUUGAAGUUGAAGGAGCAAGCUCGGGAAGGAAAAGUGGAGGGAUUCUUUGUUCAUGAAGAUGGGAGCUUGAGGUUCAAUGGUCGCUGGUGUUUGCCGACAGGGGAAGAAUCUUUGAAGGAACGUAUCUUGGAUGAGGCCCAUUGUACAAAAUUUUCAGUCCAUCUGGGCGGUGACAAAAUGUAUCAAGACCUUAAGCUAAUGUUUUGGUGGUCUGGGAUGAAGAAGGAUAUUGCAGAUUAUGCCACGCCCUGUUUGACUUGUCAAAAGGCAAUUGGCAAUACGUUACUUUAUAGUACGUCUUCCCACCCACAGACGGAUGGGCAGACGGAACGGAUAAAUCAGAUUCUAGAAGAUAUGUUGCGCGCUAUUGCCAUGGAAUGUCCGGUUUAUUGGGAUGAUUUCACCGAAGCGGUGACCUUGGGACCUGAGUUGUUAUUUCAGAUGACUGCAAAAGUGAAGUUGAUAAGGGAUCGUUUAAAAGCGGCACAGGAUCGUCAAAAGUCUUAUGCUGAUUUGAAGCGACGACCAGAAGAGUUCACUGUGGGCGAACGCGUAUUACUUCGCGUGUCACCCGUGCGCAGACUUAAGCGAUAUCUUGUCGCAGCCUCUCAUGUCUUAGAUCUCGAACCUUUAGAUUUGGAUAUAUCCUUGUCUUACUCUGAGAAACCGGUCAGAAUCUUGGACACGAAGAUGAUGAUUAUGCUGGUUAUAAGGUGGAUAGAAAGAGCACUUCAGGAUCGUCUGAAGCUCAAUACAGCUGCUGGUGCAUGUUGCUCUCAAAUAUUAUGGAUUGCACAACAACUUCAAGAUCUUGGAGUUGAUCUCAAAGUUAUUCCAAUCAAAUGUGAUAAUACAAGCGCAAUUUGUAUUACUAAAAAUCCGGGACAACAUUCACGUACUAAACACAUUAAGAAUACAGUUUUGAAAGGUCAUCCAAGCUCUUGA